UAUUGCAAUGUGCAACUCAGAUGAACAAACUAUUCAAAUUCCCUCAAAAACCAUCCAUCAACAUCAAUCAAUUCACCAAUUCUCCAUCUUCUUCUUUCUCCACGAAUUCAUCUCCAUAUCCACUAUCUCUCCUCGCAGACAAAUGCACCUCAAUGCGCCAACUCAAACAAGUUCAUGCUCAAAUGAUUGUCUCUUCUCGCAUCAACGAUAACUAUGCUGCUAGCCGUUUGCUCUCUUUCGGUGCUCUUUCGACUUCCGGCGAUAUUAAUUAUUCCGUAAAGAUGUUCAAUUACACUCAAGAACCGAAUAAUUUUAUGUACAAUACUAUGAUUAGAGCUCAAGCUAGUACUGAAAAUCCAUCAAAUGCUAUGUUAUUGUUUGUACAAAUGAGAAGGGUGGGUGUUUUGCCAGGAAAACAUACAUUUCCAUUUCUUUUAAAAGCUUGUUCGAAUAUGAAAUCCAGUGAUGGGUGUAGACAAGUUCAUUGCUGUGUGAUUAAAUGUGGGCUGGAUUUAGAACUACAUGUUAUUAAUGGGUUAGUGAGGGGUUAUAGUGUUUCGUGGAGUUUAGAUUGCGCCCGCCAAGUGUUUGAUGAAAUACCUGAGAGAAAUUUGAGUAUUUGGACGACUAUGAUUUGUGGGUAUGCUCAAAAUGAUUGCUCUCAUCAGGCUUUGUUGUUGUUUAAUCAAAUGGUUGACCAUGGGCUUGAGCCAAAUGGUGCAACUUUAGCUUCUGUGUUAUCUGCGUGUGCUCGAGAAGGGUUUUUGUUGAUGGGAGAACGGAUUGAGAGUUUAAUGAAACGGAAAGGGAUCGAAUGUAGUGUGAUUCUUGGGACUGCAUUGGUUCAUAUGUAUGCAACUAAUGGAGCAUUGGAUAAAGCUAGGGAAGUAUUUGACAAUAUGCAAAAGAAAAAUGUUGCGACUUGGAAUGCAAUGAUUCAUGGUUUAGCUGUUCACGGCCGCGCAGAGGAAGCAGUUAACCUUUUCAAAAAGCUCAAAAUGGAUGGAAUUGUUCCUAAUGGCAUAACAUUUGUGGCAGUUUUAUCAGCAUGCUGCCACGGAGGCUUCCUAGAAGAAGGUCGCAAGUUCUUUUGUUUGAUGAAAGAAGAAUACAAUAUUGAGCCGAAACUAGAGCAUUAUGGUUGUAUGGUUGAUCUCCUAGGUCGAGGAGGGAAAGUAAUCGAGGCUGAGAAAUUGAUACGAGACAUGGAAUGGAAAGCAGAUGUGAGGAUUUGGGGAACUUUGUUGAGUGCUUGUAGGAAAUGUGGGGAUAUUGAGGUGGCGGUAAGAGUGGUGAAAGAUAUUUUAGGUUUGGAUCCUCAUAGUCAUGGAGUUUAUGUUGUUUUGUCAAAUAUGUAUGCAGAGGCUGGGAGAUGGGAAGAUGUCUCGCGUUUAAGAAAGGCGAUGAAGGAAGGGAGGUUGAAGAAAGUACCUGGUCGGAGUUCGGUGGAUGAUGGUGGUUAACAUGUUAGAUUGUUGAAGGAUUUGAAAAUUCGAUAGAAUUUCAAUGACAAUUUAAAAUGAGCCAAGUAUCAAAAAAUUGAAAAUUUCGAGUGUCAUAUACAAUUCUUGAAUUUAAAUACCAAAAUUAGAUUCCAUA